CGCACAAUCCAAUCAAUCUUCAACCAUGGCAAACAAAGCUCUCGUCCUUCUGGCUGUGUUCCUCUUCGCCCAGGCCGCUCUGGGUGUGAACAUCAUCAGCAAGUCGCAGUGGGGAGGCCGCGCGGCAAAGAGCAAGACCACCCUGGGCUCGUACCUGAGCUACGCUGUGAUCCACCACACAGCCGGCAACUACUGCACCACCCAGUCCGCUUGCCAAACUCAGCUGAAGAACAUCCAGAACUACCACAUGGACUCCCUCGGCUGGGCUGACAUCGGCUACAACUUCCUGAUCGGCGGUGAUGGCAACGUAUACGAGGGUCGCGGCUGGAACGCGGUGGGUGCUCAUGCCACCAACUGGAACUCCAAGUCCAUUGGCAUCUCCUUCCUGGGUAACUACAACAGCGACAAGAUCACCUCCGCCCAGAUUACCGCCGCCAAGGGUCUCCUCGCCGACGCCGUCUCUCGCGGACAGAUCGUAUCCGGAUACACUCUGUAUGGCCACCGUCAGGUCAGCGCCACCGAGUGCCCCGGCACCAACAUCUGGAACGAGAUCCGCACCUGGUCCAACUGGAAGGCUUAAGCGAUCUUAGCUCGAUGCAUA